AUGAUGGCGGCACAGAGCAAGUUGUUGUUCCAGCUGAACAAAUACUGCAACGAACGCGUGCACGCUCGCAAGCAGAACAUUUCCAAAACACUGAGAGAUAUUUGUAAGAUAGUUCAAGAAGUUUUGAAGGAGGUGGAGGUGCAGGAACCACGUUUCAUAAGUUCCCUGACCGAGAUGAACGGUCACUACGAAGGCCUCCACGUUGUCUCGCCCACUGAAUUCGAAGUCGUCCUCUACCUCAACCAGAUGGGAGUCUUCAACUUCGUCGAUGAUGGUGCAAUUCCUGGAUGCGCUGUGUUGAAGUUGAGCGACGGACGAAAAAGGUCCAUGUCUCUGUGGGUGGAGUUCAUAACGGCUUCAGGGUACCUCUCUGCCAGGAAGAUCAGGAGUCGCUUUCAAACAUUGGUGGCUCAGGCAGUGGACAAAUGCACGUACAGAGACACAGUGAAGAUCAUGACGGACACCUCCGAAGUGAAGCUGAAGGUGAAAGACAGGUACAUAAUUCAAAUCACCCCUGCAUUCAAAUGCUCUGGCAUCUGGCCACGAAGUGCAUCUCACUGGCCCCUUCCACACAUUCCUUGGCCCAACCCCAACCUGGUGGCUGAAGUCAAAACUGAAGGGUUUGACCUGCUAUCAAGGGAAUCAAUAUACAUGAAGGACAAGCAAUCUGCAGCAGAAGGAGAUGCUUGGGUGGUUUCUUUCAACCAAUCAGAAAUGAUCUUGUUGCUGGGGGGAUGUCGGAGGAAGUGCCUGAGCAUCCUGAAGACUCUCCGAGACAAACAUUUGGACCUGCCAGGCAAGCCCAUAGAAAACUACCACAUGAAGACGCUGCUGCUGUACGAAUGUGAGAAGCACCCGCGAGAGAUGGAAUGGGACGAAACCUGCUUGGGAGACAGGAUCAACGGGAUCCUCCUGCAGUUGAUCUCAUGCUUACAAAACAGGAGAUGCCCACACUACUUCCUACCCGGGUUGGAUCUCUUCAGGGGAAAGUCCAGUUCCAGCAUGGACAAUGCGGCCAAACAGACGUGGAGGAUUUUGAGGGAGUUGCUGACCAAUUCUAGAUGUCUGGAAAAAUUAUAA